AUGGCGGGCAAGAAGUCAAAGAACAAGAGCAGGAAGCAAAAGCAGGAGAAGAACAGGGCUGCUCAGCAGGAGCCAGCUACGAGCAGAGAUGGACAACAGGAACCAGAUAACAGCUUGGUCGAGCAACAAGAACCAGUUCCAACCUCGACCGAGCAGCAGGAGCCAGAUACAAAUAUCGUUGGGCAACAAGAGCCAAAUCUAGGUGCCGUUGGACAGCAGAUGCCAACUACAGGUAUUGUUGGACAAGAGGAACCAGAUACAAGCAUUGUUGAGCCACAGGCGCCUAAUACAGGCAUCAUUGGACAACAAGUACCAGAUACGAGCAUGGGUGGGCAACAGAUACCGGCUGUAGGCAUUGUUGGGCAACAGGAGCCAGUUACAAGCACUACCAAGCAACCGGAGCUGGAAAGGGGCACAGUUGAGCAACAACAGCCGAAUACGGGCGUCGUUGAGCAACAACGGCCAGAUGAAAGCAUUACUGAGCAACAACGGUUAGAUACGACCACGGCUGUACAACAAAAGCCAGACCAGAACAUCCUUGAGCAACGGGAACCGGUGCCGAUUACGGCUGAGCAGCAGGAGUCAGCCAAAGCUAUAGCUGGGCAGCAGAAACCAUUAACAGGGAGCUCCUAUUCCGACGAGCGAGAUCAUCUAUCAUCAGACGAUUGGCAGGGAAUAUUGCAACGUACAGGUGCAUUGAAUGGUUGGGUCCCCCAGAAGAAAAAUGGUGACAUCGACAUCACUCGUGCGGCUGAGCAGUUAUUCACAUUGAAGCCUGAGGCGAUGCCGAAGUGGAACACUGCAACUGGCUCUCCACGGGAGGCUGUGCAGUUCCAAGAUUCUACAGAGGAGAGUUUCGUCAAAGCAGCUUUUGACACAAGUGCGAUCAAGGCGACAAUCCAAGCCACUACGCCCACCGGAAAGACUGGUGUCAGAGGCAGCUUUGCGCGGAGCACAGGAGACAAGGUGUCACAUGAGCACUCCGGCGAUGUUAAAUCUUUCUAUCUUUUCCAUGAGUUCCCUCUUGCUGUUGUCGAUUUGGAGGGCUCUUCACUUGUGCCAACCCAAAACUUUGUGGAUUUCAUCAAGGAUUCGAUCAAUGAAUAUGCAGGACUAAUACCCCCAACUACAUCUGCGGAUCGGGAAGCAUUUUCGUCGGUACUGAACAGUUUUCAUGAUAGAUUCGGCACCGUUUUUACGAAGCGAGUUGCGCUAGGGGGCAGACGUUAUGCCAUCCAAAAAGUCUACAGGCACAGCCAGGCUGUGAACCAAAGUUCUGAAGAGAAAAGUGCGAUCAAGGCAAGCCUAGAUGCGCCGUUAACUAUUGGUUCCCUGAAGGCUGCAGGAGAGCGCAGCUGGGGCUCGACUAGUGGCGAUGGUGAUUACGGGAACGUUACGAUUGACGUCAAUUCCCUUGUCAUUGAUGGCGGUGAUGAGACCCUUACAGAGGAUGUCGAGACAUGGCAAAACACAUUACUGGCGCCCAAAAAUUGGAAAGUCAUCAAGCAAAACAAUGUCGAGGCUCUUUUCCCAUUUCUGCUAGGGGUAUUGGACAGGAUGGAGCCAAAAUACGAGUAUAUUGACUUUGUUAGAGGAUUAGCUAUACACGACCAAGACCUUCGAAAAGCCCACGAGAGACGACUGACCGCUGUCUCGGAGCCUCUCACGCUGCGAAUCUCAAGCUCAUAUGCGCCGACAAAAAGUAUACUUUCGAGUCUCACCGGAAAAAAGCCAAAAUGGACAAUGACGCUCAAUACCGAUAAACCCAAAAUGAUUGAUAGGGUCAAAGUCAAGAUUCCCGGAUACUUUGAGAAUGGAAAAGACCGCGUUGAUGACGUCGUUGGGUUUCCGAAAGCUUUUCCGGUCUCGAUCGACCUGCCUACUCAGUGGAGUCUGACUCCGAAGAAAACAACCAAGAAAUACGAGGCAGAAUUCACGGUCAUACUCAAGCCCAGUUAUGAGUGGCAAGAGUCUGAUGGGGGGGCUUCGACAGUUACCUUGAAGGAUAUCAGUGCCAACACUCUGGUUUUCGGGGCCUUGCUGAGUCCAGAAUCAGCGACAUUUACGGCAGAAUACAGUGUUCGCUCCACCAAAUGA